UGAAACUAGAUUAUUGAGUUUAUUCUGUGUGGCAGCUAGUCAAGAGGGCGAGUACAGGACGGGUUUCGAGGCCCUUUUAUUUUUCAUAGUUUUUGCACUCUAAAUCGAACAGACGUUACUAAUUUGUGUAAAUACGAAAGUCGGGCGGCCCUACCUAGUGUCUCAAAAAGUUUCCGUGCAGUGAUCGUGUCGAAAUUGAGCAUCGAGGAACACCUUCAGACGAAAUAUGGAUAAAAGAAAACUCUCGACGUCCGGAGAUUCAUUAUAUCAAAUAUUGGGCCUUCAAAAAACUGCGACAGCAGAUGAUAUUAAAAAAACUUACAGAAAACUAGCACUUAAAUAUCAUCCAGAUAAAAAUCCAAAUAAUACGGAAGCAGCGGACAAGUUUAAAGAAGUUAAUCGAGCACAUUCAAUCUUAAGUGAUUUGACAAAAAGAAAUAUUUAUGACAAUUACGGAUCGCUUGGUCUAUAUAUUGCUGAGCAAUUCGGAGAAGAAAAUGUUAACGCUUACUUUGUAGUUACUUCGCCUGCUUGCAAGGCAAUCUUCCUAUGCUGUGCAGUCAUCACAGGCUGUUAUUGUUGUUGCUGUUGCUGCUGCUGUUGUAACUUCUGCUGCGGCAAAUAUAAACCAGCGCCACACGAUGGUUCAGGAGACUACCACCAUCUUAAUCGAAUUAAGCGAGACGGUGGGAAUGCGAGUGGUUCGUCAAUGGGCACGCGGGACCUACGUUCCGGGAAAGAAGACUUCAACGACAUAGAUGACGUUCGCACUGGAGGGGCUCCGGUUACCACACAACCACAACCUGGUCAAGGAGCAGGGGCUGGAAUGCCAGCUUUCGCAAUGCCAGCUCCUCCAGCUGAACCUCACAGCACUAAUCCUUUCACAUCAGCCGCUACAGAAUCCACAUCUUUGAAUACAACGGAACAAGCAACAUAUACACCAGGUAUUCGACCAACUAAUUCCGCACCGAUCGAUGUACCGCCGAGACCAAAUCAUUUCGAUAGUCAGUUAUCAUUUCGAUAAUCAGAUCUCAUCUACGUUAUCAUUAAGAGAAAAUUAUAGUUGUUAGGCAAUGGAGCAGGCAGGUUUAACAUCAUCUCCACGGCACGGCUAAACACCCUCUUGGAUUUUUAAAUAAUUCAUCCAAAUAAGAACAUUAAUUAUAAUAAUAAGUGAAUUUUGUUCGUGAUUAAAAACGAAUAAGCAAAUGAUUUUAGUUAAUUGUUUUAAGAGCAUUAAUGUGUCCAUAAUUCAAAAGUUUGAAGGUAAAACAUCUUGAAAUAUUACUUAAUUAUCAAAAAUUAUCUAUAAAUAUGUAAUACGCGUAUUUCACCUUUUCAAAUUAAGCGUUGAAAUCUUGAAAUAAGUUUCUUCCCCUCUUAUAAUUUCAUAGUUAGUUGAAAAGGAUUUAUCUCGUUAGAAACUGUAUAUAUUCUCGAAGUAUGUACUUUGGCAGCAGAUUUGGGAUGCGGCGACUAUAUAUGUAUUGUAUGUUUACAUGUAUUUUUUAACACAGUAUUUUAUUUAUUUUAUUCAUUUUUUUCAAUUUGAAAUGAAGGCAAGUGUUUUCUAUCGGCAUCUCUAGUAUUAUCAACAAUAGGUUAUAUGCGAAAUUUUCAAUUGUGGUGAUAUUCUCUUUGACAUUUUCCCCCCUACAUAUUUUCAAACAAUCCAUUUGCAUAGUGAUCUGACUGCCGUAGCCGAAAAGUUGAUGUUUAUUUUUGUAAUAUAGAUCUAAACAUAUUAAAAAAGUGAAUAUCUUAAAAUAUUUAUUCAAGCAGAAUUAAUACAACAUGUAAUUUGCUAUUAAUAGUGCUCUGUUUUAUCUGAAAGAAAUGCAACACUUUCAAAUAUUACCCCAGUCGCUCCAUCUAACACAGAUUCUUCUCGAACUACAGUGAAAAAUGAAGACGAUAGCUGGCGAAUUUGUUACGGCAAAACAUUGUGAACAUUUUCAAAUGUUAGUAAUUGAAUAUUGUUGUAAUCUAAUAAUAUAUAAAGUCUUAUGGGUAGAAUAAAUAUUCGACAAUAUCUUCUAUUUUUUAGUUUCAUGUAAAGCGAAUUAGAUGUAGGUGAAACUUCAUUGAAUUCUGAAUUGGGAAGGAAUAGGUUUUAGUAUUUGCAUAUAUUUUACGCAUUUCAUAAAUUACAUGUGAAAUACCUGGUGGAGUACCCUGAUAUGUCCAUAAGCAACUUACAUCAGAUCGCGCGGUCAAGCAAUCGCCGCACUUUGGUUUUUAUCCGUAAAAGACGCAAGAAUACUUUGAUUUGGUUUACAAAAUUAUUCAGAAAAACAACUCUACAUUUAGGGCAUAAAACCGACUUUGUGAAUAUACUAUAUAUGGCUUCCUUUUUCAAUAUAUAAGGCUUCGUACAAGGUAGUGUAUUCUAAGCAGAAACAAUAGAUAUUCGGUUAUAAUAAGCAUCUGACGCGUGAAUUAACGAUUGUCUACCAAUCACUAGUUGCUUUGUAUAUAUAAUCUUGCAGUUUCUGCACACUCUUUAUGUGUAAGUAGUGUUCAUAAUCAGAAAUUUUCGGUCAUAUUGGAGUACUCAUUCACUAGGGUCGUUUAUCCAUUUUAUUGAGGCACGUUUCCUUUUACUGUUACUAUUUUCAUAACCAAUGAUAUUGCAUCGAACGAUAUUAUUUGUAAACAAUACCCGUAUUCUCUUGUUCAUUAACUUCAUUAAGCAAUGAAAGUCUAUUAACUAGAAUUAUUGAUGUAUGUCUGAAAUCAUGUGAACUAAGCAUUAAUUUCAUUAUAUUAACCAUCGUUGAUUGACAUUUCAAUUCAUUAUAUGAAAGUGGUUUCCGACGAAAUCAACGAUUAUGGAAAAAUGCGAUUCCAAUAAUUCGCAAAAUCUAUAAUAGGAAUCUUUCGGCCAUUAUUAUAGCAAAUUCACAUUCGUGUAUAUUGGAAAGCUAAAAAAUAAAGAUUUACUUGAAUUUCAAAUUGAAA